CCCAAACAAUCGCAGAUUACUCUAUUUCAAGCUCCUCACUUUUGUUUCAUUGUAUUGGAGAAUAUAUGGCCGGAUGCUAUGAGGGGUGAUAACUGAAGAUGAUAUUCUGAGAUUCUUCUUGCUAAUUUCCAUUCUCAUAUUGUGCUUUGCUCCAAUUGCGACAUAGACCCCAGUACAUCCCAAUUCGUGUGUUGCGAAAUGGCCAUUGCUGAUUAUUUUGGCAGUCGUUUGUUGCUAAUUGAGCAGAAUGCAAAUUAGCCGGAGAUAUGGUGUGAAAUUGGAAUGACAGAUGCGGUGAUGGAUGUGCUCUCGAAAGGUUUUGAUGCAGAUUUUAGGAAGAGAAGUUGCUGAUGAAGCAGGAGGGUUAGCAAUUGGCUCUGCAAAAGUCACCAUACCAGUUCUUGGUCUUACCGAGAUCAUUUCUCGGCUACAGAAGGAGGCCAGUGCUGCCAAAUUUAAGAACUUCCGGUCCAUGUAUUCUAGUAUUGUCGGUGCCAUUACCACAGAUGUGGCAGCCAUGGUGAUACCGCUUGAUGAUCACAUGGUGCACAGAGGUCACUCUGUUUUUGAUACAAGCAUCCUUGUCAACGGGUAUCUUUACGAACUUGAUGCUCAUCUGGACCGCUUUCUUAGUUCAGCAACGAAAGCGAAGAUUACACCGCCUUUCGACCGAGCAACAAUACGAGAGAUCUUGUUACAAACCGUUUCGGCAGGUAAAUGUCAGCAUGGGAUACUCCGAUUCUGGAUGUCCGUCGGUCGAGGAAAUUUCGAGUUGUCUGCCAAGAACUGCCUGGAGUCGUCUCUCUUUGCAUGUCUAGUGGAGGAGAAUUUCAUUGAUGAUGAACCACUUGAUGGUCUAAAGGUGAUCACCUCCACCGUGCCGAUCAAACAUAAAGAUUUUGCCACCAUCAAAUCCACUAACUACCUUCUGAAUGCAUUGGUUGUGAUGGAAGCGGAAGAAAAGGGUGCAAACGUCGGCAUUUGGCUAGAUGAGGAUGGCAACAUAGCUGAGGGGCAGAAUAUGAAUGUUGGAUUUCUUACAAACGAGGGCGAACUGUUACUCCCUCCUUUCGACAGGAUCUUAUCAGGAUGCACAGCGAAACGAGUUCUGGAGCUUGUGCCGCAGCUGAUAAAGGAGAAUGCCAUACCGGGUCUCAAGAGCGUGAAACAAACGAAAAUCUCAUUAUCAGAAGCCAAAAUUGCUGCAGAAAUGAUGAUCAUAAUUAGCGGGGAAAUGAUCAUGCCUGUUGUUGAGUGGGAUGGCAAACCUGUGGGAAAUGGAAAUCCAGGUCGUGUUUCAGUGGCUUUGCGUAAAUGCAUGCGGCAGGAUAUGUUGGUGACUCCGUCUGCUGUGCUGACACUUGUGCCAUCCCCGAAGCCUGUUUGAUCAAUUUGACCAUGGUUGUAUUGUUUCUGAGCAGUUCUACAACGCGUAAACAUUUACAACUAGAAGGAUUCUACGGCCUGCGUUUGUGUUUACCCAUCAAAAUAACUUGGUUUGUAAUAUGAUUUGAUCUCCUUCAUCUUGGAUCAAAAUCCUAUUCGUCUGAAUGGAAAGAAACCUGGAGGGGACAUUUGUAACCAUCGAACCAUUCUUAUGUUGCAAGUAGAGGCUACUGCUUCCGAUCGAUGUAUUCCUGCAGCUGGUCCUGUUACAAUACAUGCCGCAGCCAUUAUUGC